AAUUUUUUAACAUCGUAUUGUACUUCAAAAAUAUACUGAGUGCUGGUGCAGUCUGAUAUUUUCAAUCCGUGUGAAAGUGGUUUGGCAGAAGCAGAAAGUGAAACAAAUUUUACCGUAUAAUUGGAGAGCAAAGAAUUGAAGGUGUCAUUCAUGUUGGAUCACAUUGAAGAUAAGUAACGCAUGUGAAAAAGAUGGAUUUAUUGACGCAAUUUAAAAAAUCGAACAUAGUUCACGUGUGUUUGGCAAUAUCAUUUUUUACAUCUGGACUCAUAAUUAAUGUAAUACAAUGUGCAUUGUUCUAUGGAUUGAAACCAUUCAAUAAGAGAUUGUAUCGCAGCAUCGGCUACUAUUUAUGCUAUUCAUUAAAUAGCCAAAUGGUUUUUAUUGCCGAUUGGUGGUCAAACUCCAAAUUGUACAUCUAUUGUGAUGAAGAGGUACGCAAAAAGUACUUGGGCAAGGAACACACAUUGUUGUUGAUGAACCAUACGUAUGAUGUUGAUUGGCUGAUUGGAUGGAUGCUAUGCGAAAAAGUCGGUGUACUCGGAAAUUGCAAAGCGUAUGCAAAAAAAGUCAUUCAGUACAUUCCAGUUAUUGGUUGGUCGUGGAAAUUUGGAGAGUUUGUCUUUUUAGAACGAUCAUUUGACAAAGACAAAGAAACUAUCGGACGACAGAUCAAUGAAAUCUUUGAUUAUCCUGACCCAGUUUGGUUGUUACUGAACGCUGAGGGAACACGUUUCACAGAAACGAAACAUGAAGCCUCUGUAAAAUUCGCACAAGAACGUGGCAUGACCGUAUUGAAACACCAUUUGAUUCCACGUACAAAAGGUUUUACCGCUAGUCUACCAUAUUUAAAAGAGAAGUGUCCAUCUAUUCUGGAUAUUCAACUCGUCUUCAAGAAAGAUGAUAAGGUUGAACCAACCAUUGGUAAUUUAUUAAAUGGCCAUGGUGUGACAGGAUAUAUGCACGUUCGACGCAUUGACAUGAAAUCUUUACCAAACAACGAAGAAGAAGCCGCUGAAUGGAUGCAAGAGUUGUUCCGUUUUAAAGAUAAACUCCAAGACAGUUUUCAUACACACGGUGAUUUCUUCACUGGCACCGGAUUGACACCUAUUGAACCAGUUCGUAUUUUUGGCUUUGGAUGAAAUAACCCACAUUUAAAAAAAAUUGUCAAAUAUAUUUCUUUUUCAACAGUUUGCUUAUAAACCAACUAUCGGAACUAUUGGAAAUCUCAUGUUCUGGGCCAUCAUAACACUUCUGCCAAUUUCGUACUAUUUAAUUGGCUUUUUGUUUAGUGGUAGAUUGUUGUACUUUUUCAUUGGCGUAGCCAUUAUCCUAGUGUGUAAGUAUGAUCAAAUCUCAAAUAGUCUUCAUUGAACAAUUUAAUUCCAAUCACAUUUUAAACCGUUGAAUUAUUUUCCACCAUUUUCAGUCUACGUCUUGAUGCAAAAAACCAUUGGAAUGUCGAAAAUAAGCAAAGGGUCAUCAUAUGGUGCCACCACUACAAAAAGUAGUUAAAUUCCAACGUAAUUGUUACAAUUGUUAAUUUAAAACAAUGCAAAAUACAGUUUUUUUCUAAA